AUGACGAAAGGAAAUACAAGCGCCAAGCGUUUGGGAAAAAAAGCUAAGCAUAAACUUUUCAAACCUAGAAAAAAGAAAAGUGUUGAAGAGGACGCAGCUAUUCAAUAUUUACAGGGCCAAUACCAUAACAUUGUCCCUGAUGAAGUCAAGACUUUUAAAGAUUUGCCUCUUUCUCAGAAAACCUUAAAAGGGCUCAAAGAAAAUAACUUUUUAGUGCCUACAGAUAUACAAAAGCAAGCUAUUGCUUUCGCUUUACAAGGUAAAGAUAUAUUAGGAGCAGCUAAAACAGGAUCAGGAAAAACUUUGGCAUUUCUAGUUCCUACAUUGGAAUUACUAUUUUGUAAAAAAUGGACUCGUCUUGAUGGGGUUGGGGCUCUUGUUAUAUCACCAACAAGGGAGUUGGCAUACCAAAUUUAUGAAACGUUACGAAAAAUUGGCCAUUACCAUGACUUCUCUGCAGGUCUUAUUAUUGGAGGCCAAAAUCUUAAGUUUGAACGUAAAAGGAUGGAUCAAAUGAAUAUUCUGAUUUGUACUCCAGGACGAUUACUGCAACAUAUGGAUGAAAAUCCCCUUUUUGACUGUGGUAGCCUUCAGAUACUUAUUUUAGAUGAAGCAGAUAGAUGUCUGGACAUGGGCUUUGAAACUACUAUGAAUUCAAUUAUUGAGUUUUUGCCACCUAAAAGACAAACAUUACUAUUUUCUGCUACCCAAACAAAAUCUGUCAAAGAUUUAGCAAGACUUAGCUUGUCAUUCCCUACAUAUGUAGCACCCCACGAACAAGCAGAAACAGUUACUCCAGAAACUUUGCAACAAAGUUAUAUUGUAUGUAACAUUGAUGAAAAGUUAGGCAUUUUAUGGUCAUUCAUAAGGAAUCAUCUAAAACAAAAGAUAUUAGUUUUCAUGGCAACAUGCAAGCAAGUAAAGUAUGUUUAUGAAUUGUUUUGUAAACUUAGACCAGGUAUCAGUUUACUAGCUCUUUAUGGUACACUGCACCAAGAGAAAAGGGAGAGAAUUUAUGAAGAAUUCUGUAGAAAAUCUAAUGUAGUGCUGUUUGCAACAGAUCUAGCUUCCAGAGGGCUAGAUUUUCCAAGAGUCAACUGGGUUAUUCAAUAUGAUUGCCCUGAAGAUGUUGAAACAUAUAUACAUAGAGCAGGAAGAACAGCUAGAGGUGUUUUGGGCAAGGGAGAAGGUUUAUUGAUGUUACUGCCAAAUGAGGAAAAAAUUGUAGAUGAUCUUAGAAAGAGUAAGAUACCCAUAAACAAAAUAUUAGUUGAUCCAUCAAAACUUGUUUCUCCACAGCGGAAAAUCGAAGCCUUACUUUCAGACCACACAGAUUUAAAGCAAACUGCACAGAGGGCCUUUGUAAAUUAUUUAAAAUCUGUGUAUGUAAUGAAGAAUAAAGAAAUAUUUAAUAUUCAUUUACUGGACACUGAUGCUUACGCUAAGUCUUUAGGUCUAAUUGUUCCACCAAGGAUCAGAUUUUUGCAGAAAUAUCAAAGAAGCAAAGAGAUGAAUAAUGAUAUUGAAACAGAUAAUGCUAAUUUUAUAGAGAAGUUAAAAACAAAUACACAAGCUGAUGAGUCUGAUGUGAGCGAUGCUGCUGAUGAAUCAGAUAUUACAAUUAAGAGCAAAAACAAACAACAGAUGCCUUCUUUUAAUUUUCAUACUGAAGCAGAUAGUGAUGAAGAUGAUUUUCUUCAAGUAAAGAAAAGUAAUGUUCAUAUUGAGCAGGAACAAGUAGAGGAAGUCAAGAGCUCUAAAAAGAAGAAGCCACUUACUAAAGCUGCAGUAGCAAAAAAGAUUCUUAAAAAGAAAAUCAAAGUUAAUACAACAAUUAAAUUUACUGAAGAUGGUGAAGCUAUUGAGGAUGAGAAGAAAGAUGUUAAGUCUGAUUUAGCAAAACAAUUUGUCAAUGAAGAUGUUGGCGGUAUAGACAUAGAAAAAGCAAAAGAAGUGUUAAAAGAAGAAGAUAAAUUUGAUAAAAUCAGGUUCAGAGAGAGAGUUAAGGCAAAGCAUAAGGAGCAAAAGCUCAAAUUAAAAAAUAAGAAAAAGGAAGAAGUAGGGGAAAAGGAUGACUUUGGAAGUCCAUCAGAGUCAGAUGGACCAGAUCUUUCUUGGCUUCCUGAUCCUGAUAAAGUUUAUAAGGAAAAUACUGAUAGUGAUAUUGAAACAAAUCAUGUUGAUAGGAUAAAUGAAUCACAAUCUGAUGAAAAUACAUCUAACCAUUCUGAGAAUGAAAUCUAUCACAGACCAUCCAAACGUAAGCUGAUUGACAAAAGAGGUAGAACUCAAGAUAAUGUGACACCUCGGAAAUUGAAGAAAAUUGAAGACAUAUCUGCUUCACUUUCAGUGACAGAAGCUGAAGCACUUGCUAUGCAAAUAUUACAAGCAAAAAAGAAGUAA